GGAUACGGGAAGGCGCCGCAACAUCCGCUCUCGCGGGCCCCUGAGUGAGGAGCCGGCGGCGCACGCGGCUGUCCCGCUGGGGAAACUGAGUUGCAGAGAGGUGAUGUGUGUUACCUGGGGUCGAACAUCGCCAUCAGAGCCGGGAACAGAACACAGAUCCCGUCACUUCAAGCGCCACACCCUGUCCACUGGUGACCACGCGGAGGCUGGAACCAGUGAGUGAGAUCCAGCUUUUGUCCUUGGCCUGUGUUGGUUUUCACCUAGCUGCCAGGCUGCUUCGGUAGGAACAUGUGGAAAGACCCAAAUGCUCCUAGCAGGGAUUGUCACCUGUCUUUUUUGCCGGAAGUGUGCUGCCAGAUUGUCUUUGUCGAUUAACCCGGCCUAUAGGGGCUACUAUGGAAGAGCCCAGGAGAGCAGAGAACUUGAGAGAGGCUGGGGCCUCUUCCAAACCAUCCGGCACAGGGCAGAAUGCUUCCAAGAAACAGAGCACCAAGGCAACUGGGAAACCGGGACCAGGGGAUGCCAGCAAGGCCUCUAAAAGGAAGGCGGCUUUCAAGGCCCCCAGGAGAGUGUCCCCGGACUACUUUGUUCAUGAGACAGACAAUGACAUGCUGCUGAUCAUUGCCAACAUCGGUGACGGGCAAGACCACCCUCCCAGGAAAGUGGCAAAGAGAAAGCACCAAGCUCCAGCAAAGAAGCAGCCGCUGCAGUGCGUCCAAAGGACUGGCAUGGCAGGAGGGAGAAAGAGAGAGAAAGGAGGGGCUCCUGCUGCCAAGGAGCCUGUGUCUAGGGGCCGGGCUGAGGAAAGCGGGGAAGCUGCUGGGGCCUCUUGGGGAGAGCGCCUCCCAGUAGAAAUCCUGGUGCGGAUCUUCCAGUCUUUGGUGGCAUCUGAGGGGGCCGUGCCCUUGCUCUGCAGGGUGGCCUGCGUGUGCCGGCUGUGGUACGGGGCAGCCUCCAAUCCCUUGCUGUGGCAGAAGGUGUCAAUUGGCUUCUGCUGGGUGGAGCCUGGCAAAAAGCAGCCUCCCCAGACCGAGAAGAGAAUCCUCAGCACGAUGGAGUGGCUGGUCCUGAACAGGUUUUCACUUCUCCGGGACUUUGCUCUUUGUCACUGGAAGAGCCACGUGCCUGUUGUCCUGCAGGCCCUUGCGGAGUCCUGCCCCCUUCUCCUGUCCCUCAAGCUGACCCACUGCAGUGGAGUGACCACCAAGUCCCUGAGCGCACUGGCCGAACGCUGCCCCCGGCUGGAAAGCUUAAACCUGCAGAAUUCCCAGGUUGACUCCUCAGCUGUGGUGAGCUUUCUGGAGGCCGCUGGCUCUCGGAUCCGGCAGCUCUGGCUGACGUACAGCAGCCGAAUGAAUGCCAUCAUCACCACACUCUCGAGCGGUUGCUGCCUUGGGCUGCGGCUCCUGGAGGUGAACACGGAGAUCAAGCAGAGCAGCCAGCACCUCCAGCUCUCAGUAGAACAGCUGCAGGCGGCCUGCCAGCAGCUGCAGGUGCUGCGUCUGCUCAAUGUGAUCUGGUCCGUGAAGCCAAGCUCUCGGUCCGCCCCCACCGCCUUGGGCUUCCCUCAUUUAGAGGAGCUGUGCCUGGCCACCACCUCUUAUUCCUUUGUCAGUGACAGCAUCCUGCAGAAGAUCCUGCAGGCCUCCACCAGGCUGCGGGUGCUGGACCUGCGUGGCUGCUUCCGCGUGACACCCAAGGGGCUGCAGGAGCUGCCGUGCCCUGACCUAGAGCAGCUGUACCUGGGCCUAUACUGCAGCGAUAACCACCUGCUCCUGCCCUCGGUGGGCAGCCAUCUGCUCACCUGGAAGUGGCACCACAGCCUGCAGGAGCUCGAUCUGGCAGGGCAGAGCUUCAGCGAGCAUGACCUGGAGCGCGCCAUGGCUGCCUUUGGGCAGGGCAGCAGCCGGGCAGCCCUGCGAUCCCUCAACCUGACCGGGACCAAGGUCACCGUGAGCACUGUCAGUGCCCUGAUCAUCAGCUGUCCUGCCUUGAGCUACCUCAACCUGUCUUCCUGCCGCUACCUGCCCCGGGGCAUGAAGAGGGUGUACCGGGGCCAGGCUGACAUCCGCCAGUGCUUGAGCAAGCUUCUGGCCAGCGCUGACGAGCUGGCAGCUGCACAGGAUAUGUCGUAAUGACACCAGCACCUCCCCUCUCCACUGGCAGGCCUGAGGCCCAGACCCUGCUCCUGCGCCAGGAGCAACCCCACACACAGGCUGAGUGCCAGGGGCUGGUGUUUCGCUGGGACGUACCCGGCACUCCUGUCAGUGUGGAUGGCACCUGGGCACCCACCUGGUGCUGUAGCAGCAGGCAGCCUGUUCCCCUGGGAGGAGCAGCUGUGCCUAGUUCCCCGCUCCCCAUUUUGAUAGUGCCCCCUUUUUGUAUGACGUUCCUCUUGGAUUUUUUAGUGUUUUACUGUCCGGUGCAGCGCCCAGUGCUACAGAAUAAAGGGCUGUUCCUGCAGGGAAUUCGUGGGUCUGUCCCCAGGGCCUGGUUCACACGCUGCAGGGAGGGACUUGCCCGCUGCUGCAGCCUGGCAGGGAGUCAGAGCCCUGGGGAGGAGGAGUGGGGAGCUGCAGCCCACCGAGCCCAGCAGAUUCCAGCAAUCCCACGGCUUUGGUAACCCAGCUUCUCCGGGGAAAGGGUGUUUCUCCACCAGGGGCUUGGGGAGGCUUGGAGGACCCCAGGACCCGUACACCACCUGUCUGGCCCAGGCCUCUCCUGAGCUGAAUUCCUAGGCUGGGUCGUGGCACUUGUCAGGGUUUCUGGGGUGAAUGGCGACCACUGGCUCACAGCAGGAGGGAGCCCUGUCUGCGCCCCCCCCGGGGAAUUCCCCAGCCCCACUCCUUUAUACAGGCUAGCAAUUUACGCACCUGCCUUGUUAUACCCGAGUGCCAAGUGCCUGUCUUCUGGACACCCGCAGUGCACCCUGAUCCGCUGCCUCCGUAACACAGCGCCCCAGUUCACAGCUCUCACCCCACGUCAUCACUCUCCUUAGCACCAGGCACUUAGCUUUCUAGUGAACCCAGACUGAAGUUUCUUUAGCAGAGCUUCAGCCGAGACUCAAAUCAAAGCAAGUGGGAGCGUUUGGAAACGUAAGGUUCCAGGCAGGGGAAACACAAGAGACACAAUCAAAAGUCGAGCCUGGUUAGCAAGUUCCUGUCCUGUCUAACAGGGGAUUUCUCACCCCCGGGCCAGUCCUGGCAGCUGGGCCCACUGGUCAUGAGACACCUUCCCCCUUCCCCAACAACAGAGAAUCACUUCUGCUUACAGAGUCACCGGCUAGUGGCUCCGAGCCCAGCGCCUCCCCUUCCAGGAGCUCGCCCGGCCGUGGAUCUCCGGCCAGGCCAGCCAGGAAAUGCCGCUGUCUCCACGGCUGUCCCUCGUUCUCAGCGUGGCCUGCGCUAGCUCACACCUGCCUGCUUGGGUGACAGGGUUGAAAGCUGGGACCCUGCACAUCGCAUCCCUCGCAGGUUCUUUCCCAGCCAAACCUCUUGCAGUGACCCUGGCAGUCAACCAGGGCUGACCCCACUGGCCCCCUUCAGGGAAGUAUUGAGACGAUGGCCGGAUACGGGGGCGGGAGGGGGAUAGCCAGGGGUCCAGUUUUCGACUUGAACAUCUGGUGGAGAAGGGAAGCUGGCAGCACAGUUGAGGGGAUGAUAAAGUCCAGUUACCUGCAGUAACUGGCCUCUGCCACCCGGGACGGGAAGAGCAGCUGCUGCUGGGGUCUGGCGCCCCGGGUCUGUGUGACGGCUGCUGCCCUUCCCACCCCCGGCCUGACCGAACUGGCUGCGCCUGGACCAGGCUCCAGAGUACCUGCCUGCCCCACCCCCAGCUGUGCCUCGAUUUCCCCAGCCCUCACUCUAGGGACUGACUCCCCCCGCCGUGCCUCAAUUUCCUUCCCUGGCCCCUCACUCCAGGGACUGACCCCCUCCAUCACUGUGCCGCAAUUUCCCUGGCCCCUCGCUCCAAGUACCAACCCCCACCCCCCGGCCAAGCCCCGAUUGGGCAGGCUCCACAUCACCUCCUCUCAACCCAGGUCUGCAGGUGGCAGGUAAGUCCAGGGAGAUGGGGGGGCAGGGGAGCAGAGGUGGGACCUCGGGGAAAGGCGGGGCAGGGUGUUCAGUUUUCAGGGAUUAGAAAGUUAAGAACCCUACGCAGGGGUUGUACACGCACCGGGGGACUCCUGGGUCUGGCUGAGCUUCCCCAGUGUACACUGACCACGUGCGUGGAGCCAGCAGUGGCACUUGGGGUGUGAAAGACCCAUGUCUUGCCUCUGGUCUGGUGUCUCUGCUCCCCCAGUGGGUAGGCAGGGUGCAGCUUCCAGCCAAGGGCCUCCCCUUCUCAGUGGCCCCGGCUCCUGGACUGGAUCUGGCCGAGCAAGUCCCCUAGUGGGCAUCGGAGGAUGCCUCCCUCCCCUCCCUCCCGGGCCCAGCUACACUUCCCUGAUCUCCCCUGCACUGGGGGCUUCUCGGGACUCUGCUUCACCCUCUCCCUGCCACCUGGGUCCUGUGCCCUCCGAGCAGACUGGGCUGCCCACAACGACUGCUCUGCAGGGCUGAGGAGACCAGGCGGGUGGCACUCAGGAGGGGAGUCCAGCAUCAGACACACACUGCUUGGACGAGACGAUUGUGAUCUCCCAGGGCAGGGCCCUCCCCUGUAUUUCUCUGCAAGGCCCAGCCACACCCUGGGUGCAAAGAUACACGGCCCAUAGGACAGUGGGAGGCAGGCCAGGGUGAGGGCUUGUAUGUGACGCCCGCUCAGCUUGGCCCCGGGGCUGAAAGAAAGGAACCAUCGUCCCAGCUCACCCAAGAACGGACCCAUGCCGGCUGUCAGUCCCGUGGCCUGAUGCAUACCUGGCAGGUGCUCAGCUCCAGGGAGCCUACGCAGAGCAGGCCAAGAGCAGGGCCCACUGGCCAUCCUUCCUGCUUCGUCAACGGCCUGGAGACCCCUGAGCCCUUCAAGUCACUAGGGGAUGGGUUAGGUGAGCCUUCCCUUCCCACCACGGGGGCAUAGGUCUCCUCAGCUCCCAGGUUCAGCCACCCAGGGUUACCCCGGGGGGAAUUCUGCGCCAAGAACCUUAAAAAUUCUGUGCACAAUAUUUUAAAAUUCUGCAUAUUUUAUUUUUCAAAAUAACACAUCAUAAUCACACCAGU